GCCAGAUAACUGUACUGGUGUAUAUAUAUUUUUUAACUUAAACUAAUUUUGAAUUCUGAAAAUUAAUAUGGAUGAUCACAAGGUGGAUAGUCAAAAGUAUGUAAAUUUGAAGAUUACGGACGAGGAAUCUGUGAUAUGCAGCGGGAUCAGGGAUCUGCAGCCAAGUGAUGAGAUCGGGGAAAAUAAACAGCCCUUGCUUAUGGAUAUACCGGGUUCGAUAGCCAGCACCCUCAAAAUGUUCAAGAAGUUCGCCUUCUGGUCGACACAGCCGAUGGUUCAAAAGGACGAGUAUGUGACUUCCAAUAGGUGUAUCACACCGAAAAGGAGGGCCGCUGAGAUCCGGGCGGAGCCCUACGCUCUGCCCAUUGGCUUUAUGUGGGUGUUGGUGGAUCUGGCCAAUAACAUAGAACUCGAAGAGCUUUACAAACUUCUUAACGAGAACUACGUGGAGGACGGUCGAAAGCUGUUUCGUUUGGAUAACCAGCCCGAUUUCCUCAAAUGGGCACUGAAACCGCCGGGCUGGAAAAGCGAUUGGCAUGUGGGCGUUCGUGUGGAGACCACCGGCCAGUUGGUGGCCUUCAUCUCGGCCAUUCCUGGGAAGCUGAGAUGCUACAACAAGGUGAUCAAAGUGGUCGAUGUCAACUUUAUGUGUGUCCACAAGAGGCUGCGCGGCAAGCGCGUGGCCCCGAUUCUGAUGCGUGAGAUCACACGGCGCGUCAAUUUGAAGGGCAUCUUCCAGGCCUUCUUCACCGCCGGUGUGCACCUGCCCACGCCAGUUGGCUCCUGUCGCUGUUGGCACCGCUUCCUCAAUCCGCAGAAGCUGGUCGAGGUGCGCUACACACCGAUGUCCCGCAACCUGACCGUGCAGCAUGCUCUCCAGCUGUACAGCCUGCCCAAUGAGACCAAGACCAAGGGCUUUCGGCCCAUCAGAGAAGAGGACAUGGACCAGGCCCACAAGUUGCUGGAGAAAUACCUCACGCGGUUCAAGCUGUGUCCGGUUUUCAGCAAGGACGAGUUCAGCCAUUGGUUCACACCCAAGCCAGGCGUCAUUGAAUGCUUUGUGGUGACCGAUGCCAAGAACCAAGUCACCGAUCUAGCCAGCUACUUAUGUCUGCCCUCGACGGUGAUUCAACAUGCAAAGCACAAGACCAUCAGCGCCGCCAAUGCCUUCUACAAUGUGGCCACCAAAACGUCCUGGUCGGACCUGCUUAAUGAUACGAUGAUCUCGGCUAGAAAUAACCAGAUGGACGUGUUCAACACGCUCGAGCAAAUGGAGAUCAAAAAGCACCUGGCCACGCUCAAGUUCGUACCGGGGGAUGGAAUGCAGCAUUACUACCUGUUCAACUGGCGAUGCCCACCUAUGGAGCCCCAGCAUAUUGCCCUGACGCCUUUGUAAUUUACCAGUAUAAUCGCAACUUAUCUAGGAACCAAACAAAAGCAAAUUGAAUAAAAUCGGAUGCGUUGAUUAGUCCA